GAAAGCAAUAGUUUAUGGCAUAGAGGUCUCCAUACGACCAUAUCCAGUUUAGUAGUUUAUGAAAAUAAACUGCUUAUUAUUAUUUUUUAUUAGUACUAUUUCUGCCCUCCCUCUGACAUCAGCGAGUUUUCGGGACUAGAAGAGAGGAGAUGAAUUACGAAUUCGGGCGAGAAAGUGGUUUUAUCAACAGCCAGCCGUCGCUCGCUGAGUGCCUGACAUCUCUCACUAACCCUGUCGGUGAUGCAUUUCAAAGUUCAUCAAUCAAGAACUCGGCGCUUUCACGCUCGACACUGAUUCCUCCUCCUUUUGAGCAGACCAUCCCCGGCCUGAGCCCGGGCGUCCACCCACGCCACAGCCGCUCGAAGCAGGCUCUGAAAGGCUGCAGCCCGGUGCGGACCGCAUCCCUACCCCCGGAGUACCCGUGGAUGAAGGAGAAGAAAAGCAUCAAGAGGAGCCAGACCGCUGCUGCUGCUGCUGCUUCCUCUUCUGCUGCCGCUGCUGCUGCGACAACGACUGACUCCUCGCCUCUCUACUUCUCCCCCCAAGGUUCACCAGAGAUACCAGAGGGUGGUGUUGGCGGUGGAGGAGCAUCCAGGAGGCUGAGGACAGCCUACACCAACACCCAACUCCUGGAGCUGGAGAAGGAGUUUCAUUUUAACAAAUACCUGUGCAGACCGAGGCGGGUGGAGAUAGCGGCUUUACUGGAAUUAACGGAGAAGCAGGUGAAAGUGUGGUUUCAGAACAGGAGGAUGAAACACAAGAGGCAGACCCACUGCAAGGAGAACCGGGACAGCGAGGGGAAAUACGCGUGCCUGGCGGACGACGGGCCGGAGGACGAGUUGUUCGAGCGGGAGCAGGAGGAGGAAGAAGAGGAGGAGGAGGAGGAGGAGGAGGCGGACAGGCUCAUGGACAGGGAGAGGUAUUUCCACCAAAAUACCUUGACUUCACAGCAGUGUCACAACGGGAACAAUGGGCACAGCCAAAGCCCUUUGAGCAGCAAUGGGAAAAAUCUGAAACAUUUUCCAAACCCGGCGCCCACUGUUCCUAUCUGCGUGUCAACAAUAGGCCCGGACAAUGAUGACGAUUCCCCGGGCCUGGACGUCUCUUUGCAGGAUUUCCACGUUUUCUCGUCCUCCUCCUCUUUCUCACCAAGUUUGUCAGAUUCAAUCCAGAGUCCUUUGCCUCUAUCAUCCGAAACGUUCGACCUUUUCUCUGAAACACUCACAACAAUCGACCUUCAGAACUUGAGUUAUUGAAAUAUGUGUCCUUAUUUCCAUUCAGACUCUUAUAUGCAGUCAGUGUACUCAGUUUUAGUGUGAGAGAGGGUGGGGGGGGAUAUUUAAUAGAUCUCACAAAUAAGGUAAGUUAAAGGGGAAAAAAACACAAAAAACAAAGCUACUAUUCUGCCUAUAUGGAUUGUUUAUUCCAUUAGGCUGCUAGAGGACAUUCCACAUUUAUUUUUAUAUGGAUUUCGACUACAACUGAGCAGAAUAUUUUCCUUGAAAUAAAACUUUACAUUGAUUGGAAUCAGACGCGCUAUUGUCUUAUUUCACAAGUUUGGAGAGAUUAGUGAUUUUAGGUCUAUAGGCUGCAUAAAACACUAUGAAUUAUGUUUGAAGCCAAACAGUGUCUCUCUGUGUUCAGAUGAGGAGAAUAUAAAAGACUGAAUCUAAAAGUCAGAGGAUACUUUCUAAAUUAUCUCCAACGAUGACGUGUUCUCACUCUAAUAAAAAGCCACUAUUGAUUUGAUCAUCUCAAACUUUCCAAACAACAAUCAGCCAAAUAGAUGCACUGAACACAGCCUCAUAAAAUACAAAUAUAAUGCAAGAAAUGUUCAUUAUAGUGUUUAUAUUUGCAGCCCACUAUUUUUUUUUAUUUAAAUAGGUUGAGAUAUUUUUUCAGCGUGACUGUGUACAUGGUAUGCUAAGUCCCUGGUGUUUUAUCCGGACAAAAAAAAGAGAGAGAGAUUCAUCCAUCACCGAAAACCCCCCAAAAGAACAUUUGCAGUGAGAAUUGACUGUUAGGAAUCCCAGGCCAAAAACUAUGACUUUUCCUGACUCUCAAAUUAAAUUUUAUUGCCUAUAAAACUCACAGCACUGAGGGUGCUUGUUUAUGGCCUGAUCCGCAAAGUAAUACAAUCUCUCUGAAUUAAGAAUCGCGCCUUGCGCCAUUGAGGUCUUCAAAAGUUUUUCAUUUUUUUAAUGAUUUAAAAUUACUUAAGGUUGAUUCAAACUGGUAUAAAUUAUAAUUGAACUGGGUUUUAUCCGGUAGCAAAAAUAGUCCGUGGACAGAUUAAAGUCAAAUUGCAGAAUGUAUCUAUUCUGUUGAUUUAGAAUGAAGUAAAUGUUAAUGAAAGUAAAAUAUAUGUUAGUCUGGACCAAACGGAUUUCGUCCCUGUUCUCUUCAUUCACUGCUGAGGGAAUUCUUCACACCGACCAGUUGAACCUCGGCUCGAUGGAACACAGAGAAGUCACAAUGCAACAGCCGUGGUUGCAGGUUUUUUUUUUUCUUUCUAACUAUGAUUAAAUGUUAUUAAAUGUUCGGGGAGAAUGCUUGAUGAAAAGCUAAAGCCGUAAAUUGGUCGGGGGCUCACAAAGCUUAACAAUCACACCGAUCAAUUAUUCUCUGGCCAGAGUCUGCAGGCGAUACGAUUCAUUUAUGGACCCUGUGUGUUUCUGCAGUCAUCGUGCUGCUCCUCGGGACUGUGCGGUUGGGCUCAGGGCCUCACAGCAAUAAUUAAAAGGUGAGGUGAGGUGGUGAACUGCCAUACCUACUGAGAUGUGGUUUUAAGUGAUGGCUAAUUGUGCGCAAUUUAAAAACAAGGAUUGAGUGGGUUCAUUCUGGAGUGCCCAGGAGGCAGAGGAGCAGGCAGAUUUGGUUUGGUGCAGCAGCCACUCAGCUAUGUAUAUAUUUUUUAAUUUUAAGACCACACAGUGUCAGCAUGACCAGUGUUUGCAGGCUAAAUUAAACACAAAUACAUCUCCUCUUAUGUUUAUUGUUUGUAAAACUUGCUUAUGUCUGGCCACUGACUUGUUCACAGUUUCUAGCAGCACAGAAUAAAACAGA